GUCCAAUGAGAGGGAAGAAAAGGGAGAUAAGUUAAGCGCGCUGAAGGGAGGUUCAUGUCAUCUUCCCAGCUAAUAUGAGGUAACAGGAUUGCGGAGGUUACGAAAACUGCUUCCCAUAACUAUCGAUUCAUUUCAUCCACCGCACUCCGUGGAAGGCACGCGUUGGUGGGGUUCAUGAAGACGGAGUCCACCUUUACAUUCAGCGUCAAAGUAAAAUCUAAGAUAGACAGGACGCGAUCGUGAAGUUCAACAGAAGAAUAAACAUGGCGACUGUGGCAAGCACGGCCGAGAUGGCGUUGGACUUUUCUAAAACAGCUUUAGAGAAACGGGAGGAUGUACCACCCAGUCCGUCACCAAGUUUAUCCAAUUCGGACGGUGAAAGUAGUCGCUCGGCGUCCGUCUCUGACGGUCAUCAGGAGGAGCGAGAAGCGUCCACCGUUGCUACCGUCAAGCCUCUUAAAACCCCGAAAAUGUCUCCCAGUGGGAGAGGAGACAAAUCUCCGCCACAAUUGUCUCCUGGACAGGAAAAUGGCUCUGGCGAGGGAGACCCAUCAGGAAUGCGUCCAUUUAAAGUGUAUCCAUUCGAACAUAUGCCAAUGUUUGCAUCGAAUCCCCUGGCAGCGGCGGCAGGGUCGGAGUUGUACAAUGCGUAUGCAGCUGCUACUAUGCCAUACGGACUUGCUCCCGGUCUUCUGGACAGUGCUAUGCUGUCAUCCCCACUCAACAAUUACUUCAACCGUCGACGACGAAGUAACACCUCAGGAAAUAGUACUACUAACACCACAUCAUCAACAGCAGCGACUACGACUAACGUCUCGUCGUCCUCCUCGCCCGUGUCAACGUCCCCGGUGCUGGGAACACAGCUGUCGGUACCAUCCACGUCCGUCACAUCCAACGGGGCUCUCAGUUCGGGGGACUCGGACUCUGAAUGUGGUUCAGCGAAAAGAGCAAAAUUGGGCGCUUUUCCCGGAGAGGAGAAAAAGGACGAGGCCUACUGGGAAAGGAGACGGAAGAACAACGAGGCAGCGAAGAGAUCAAGAGAUGCCAGGAGAGCAAAAGAGGAAGAAAUUGCCAUGCGAGCGGCAUUUUUAGAACAAGAAAAUCUUAAACUGAGAGCACAAGUCGCCAUAUUGAAAAAUGAAACUGCCAAACUUCACUACAUGUUGUACAGCAGAUCCUGUUCGUGAGCAGUGGAUUGUAUUUUUUUUCAUAAUGGUGCAAAGUAGAACAGUAGUGCAACUCAAAAUGCCAAAUGUUGACGGAGUAUAGAUAUUGUGACAAAAAAAAAA